CCUGGUAGAAAGCGGAAUCGCACUUUCUUCACUCCAUAGUAUUUGCAAUGCCUACGGUAAUCGGGUUCGAGGGGAGUGCUAACAAACUCGGUAUUGGAAUAAUCCGAGAUGGAGUUGUGCUUUCUAAUCCACGACACACCUACAUAACACCACCCGGGCAAGGAUUCAUGCCCCGAGACACCGCUAAACAUCACCAGGAACAUGCCAUUGAUAUUUUGAGAAGAGCAUUAGAUGAAGCCCAAAUAAGGCCACAAGACAUUGACUGUAUUUGCUACACGAAAGGUCCUGGAAUGGGAGCUCCUCUUGUGGCUGUUGCCGUGGUAGCACGAACAGUUGCACAGUUAUGGAAGAAACCAAUCAUUGGUGUGAACCACUGUAUUGGUCACAUUGAAAUGGGAAGGUUAAUAACUGGUGCCAAUAACCCAACCGUACUUUAUGUCAGUGGGGGCAAUACACAAGUUAUUGCAUACCUACAGAAGAGAUAUCGGAUAUUUGGAGAAACUAUUGAUAUAGCUGUUGGGAACUGCCUUGAUAGAUUUGCGAGGGUACUAAAGCUAUCUAAUGACCCAAGUCCAGGAUACAACAUAGAGCAAAUGGCAAAAAAAGGGAAAAAGCUGAUCGAAUUACCUUAUACUGUGAAAGGCAUGGAUGUCUCAUUUUCUGGAAUUUUAAGUUAUAUUGAGUGUAUGGCCCAUAAAUUGCUUUCUUCUGAAGAGUGCACUCCAGAGGAUCUCUGCUUUUCCUUACAGGAGACUGUAUUUGCAAUGUUGGUAGAAACAACAGAGAGGGCAAUGGCACAUUGCGGAUCAAACGAAGUUCUGAUAGUUGGUGGUGUUGGAUGUAACAAAAGAUUACAGGAAAUGAUGGAUGUAAUGGCGAAAGAAAGGGGAGCAAAGCUGUAUGCAACUGAUGAAAGGUUUUGUAUCGAUAAUGGCGCCAUGAUUGCUCAAGCUGGCUGGGAGAUGUUUCAAACAGGGUCCGUUACUCCUCUUGAACAGACAACAUGUACUCAAAGGUUUAGGACGGAUGAAGUUGAAGUGACGUGGCGAGAUUAAAGUAAUUAAAGAAUUCAAAUUCUUGCAAACAUCACUUUAAACCAACAAUUGUGUAAGCUAGAAAAAUAAGAAACGAAAACUAAAGAGAGAGGGACUGGAAAGGAUGGAGAUAUGACCAUCAUGCCCCACAAGAUUACUCGUUUCCAGUCUCAAGCAUCUGUUGACUAUAUGUAAAUAGGUUUUGUUUUACAAUUUCAACAUUACUUAGGUAACAUCCAAUGUGACACUAUUUUUUUAAUGUAAUUAGAAUAGUCACUAGUUUCCUCAUGAAUUUGUAAAACCCAAUCAAAACCAUGCUGGGCAAAAACCUAUUUGUACGUUAAUAGUAAGACAGCAAGAGGCAAAAAUAAAGCAAAAAUACCAAUUUA